UUAAAAUAUAUGUGCUGUAGGCCUACUGUUGACAAAGUGAUUAUUUUAAUUUUAAUUUCCCGUCAUUGUUAUUGUCUCAAGUUCGGUUUCGAUCUGGAUCCAAAUAGUUCUUGAUCUAUUGGGAUUUCAAGUUGUUAUUGUUGUACUUUCGAUUUACCAUCACUGAAAGUAAACAGUUUACCUUGUUGUAUCAUCCAUCGUCAGUUCAAUUCAAGAAUAUACUAAUCUAGAGAUCUAUAAUCUAGAUCUAUAUCUAGAUCUAUAUCUAGAUCUAGAUUCUAAUUCAAUUAUCAAUUGUCAGUUGUACCUUCGAUCUAUCCAGAGAAAGUUAAUAAAUGAAAUAGCUGUUGUGUUUGCAGAAUGCGGCAUCCGAAAUAGCCCCAAAACAAGUGAAGUGACGCUGACUGGACUUUAAAAAAUUCUUACAACAUGGAAUCGAAGAAAAAGCUCUCAGACUUAGACCCUAUGCUCGGCUCUCUGUCCACGGAGGAUGAGCAGAGAGUUCUGUCUAUCCUGGAGGAUAGGGAUAAGAUCAUAAUGUUGCAACAAAUGCAGAUUGAAAGAAUGGAGUCGGAACUCAAACAUGUCAAAGCAGAACGGGAUUUACUGCAGAUUCGACUAGCCGCUGCUCAAAUGGAUACCUCUACCGAUAAUAGCUACAGCACUGAUGACAC